AUGUCCGACAUAGAUGAAAUGGACGUCGAUGUCCCGGCUCCCAGCAAGGACAUCACUUUUUCUUCUGAAGCCAAGCAAGGCAAGCGCAGUGCCGCCAACCUACCAGUCGAAGCCGAAGAUAGCUUACCUUGGGUCGAAAAAUACAGACCAAACACUCUCGACGACGUUUCGGGUCAUCAAGACAUUCUCGCUACCAUCAACAAAUUCAUCGACCAGAACCGUCUCCCUCAUCUACUCCUAUACGGCCCUCCCGGUACCGGAAAGACGUCAACCAUUCUUGCGCUUGCCCGCCGUAUUUAUGGCACUGCCAAUAUGCGCCAGAUGGUUCUCGAGCUUAACGCCUCGGACGACCGUGGUAUUGACGUCGUGCGAGAGCAGAUCAAGACGUUUGCCAGCACCAAGCAGAUCUUCUCCUUGGGUGGCGCCUCUCGUUCGGGCAACUCGAUGGCUGGGUUCAAGCUCAUCAUACUUGACGAGGCUGAUGCCAUGACAAGUACUGCUCAGAUGGCUCUGCGACGAAUUAUGGAAAAGUACACAACCAACACUCGAUUCUGCAUCAUUGCAAAUUACUCCCACAAACUCAGCCCAGCUCUUUUGAGUCGAUGCACGCGAUUCCGUUUCAGCCCGUUGAAGGAGGGCGAUAUCAGAGUCCUUGUGGACAAGGUGGUAGAGGAGGAGAAUGUCCAGAUCAGAGGAGAGGCGGUUGAUGCGCUGGUAAAGCUGAGCAAGGGUGACAUGCGAAGAGCAUUGAACGUGCUGCAAGCGUGUCAUGCAUCAAGCACACCAUUGCGGGCAAAGGAUGCACCCAAGGUGCCGGACAACGAGAUCCAACGUGAAAAUAUCACAAUAGAAACCAUCUACAACUGUAUUGCAGCACCACCACCAGAUGCCAUCAAGGAGAUCGUGGGUACUCUGCUCAAUACAUCAGAUGUCACAAGCUGCCUCAACACGAUCAACGCCCUCAAGAUACAACGGGGUCUUGCCCUAGCUGAUAUCAUCACCGCUCUUUCUGAGGAGCUAGUGAAGAAAAAGGUCAGACCUGAGGCCAUGAUCACUUGGUUAGAUGGACUCGCCAACAUCGAGCAUAGAGUCGCUGGUGGAAGCAGCGAGUCCAUCCAGACCGGAGCGGUCGUCGGAGUGGUCCGAAGUGGAGUUGAGUUGAUGUGA